AUGGACUUUCAGCCAAACACGUCUCUACGUCUGAGCCAACCAAGUUACAAUAACCACCAACUAAACCUAGAACUUUUCCUCGAGCCUUCUUCUACGUCUUCUUCUGCUUCUUCCACGAACUCAUCGUCAUGUUUGGAGCAGCCUAGAGUAUUCUCUUGUAACUAUUGUCAAAGAAAGUUUUACAGCUCUCAAGCUCUAGGUGGCCAUCAAAACGCUCAUAAGCUAGAGAGAACCUUAGCCAAGAAGAGUCGAGAACUCUUUAGAUCCUCAACUACUGUUGAUUCUGAUCAGCCUUACCCUUUCUCCGGCCGGUUUGAGAUCUACGGCCGUGGCUAUGAAGGAUUUGUCGAAAGUGGUGGCCGGACGGACUUCUCAGGCCGUCGUGUGCCGGAGAGUGGUCUUGAUCAGGAUUAGGAGAUGAGUCACCUUGACUUGUCGUUAAGGCUCUAAAAUAGUCUUGUAUUUUGUUAAUAUAAUCCUAUCCAGGACUGAUCUUAUCAAUUGUUAAGCCUUGCAUUAAAUGUAUUUCGUUAAGUCUAUUUCUUAUUAGUCAUGUUUACGUAUCGUAAAUCGAGUUCACG